GAACAGGGUACGGAGCUAGCAGCUUUAGCCCAAUGUCUAAAUGAGGAGGCAAUAUAUGGGAGACGUGCGGUCUGUCUGCAGAAUGGAAGGCCGGUUUCGGUGUUUUUUGUGCGCAAAGGGCAUUUGCUUGUGCUCAGGGAAAUCACUUUGGAGGUAUGGCGUGGUGGGAACAGAGGCUGUCGUUCGAAGGAAAUACUUAUCUGGCUUAUCCGAUAAGGGAGUUCUCGUCUCUCCUUUUGAUUUCUCUUUGAUUUAUAGUAGAGCGUUGAAGUUGGAAGACAUUUUUUAGUAGCUCUCUAAUCCAUCUGAAAGAGGACCCUCGCGGCCCAGAUUUCACUC